UUCUCCCACUUCUCGUUUUUCUUUGGUGCCUCAGACGUCUGCCUGCUGAGAGCCCUGUGGACAGCGGGGCUGACCACCAGACACAUGUCGGUGGAGGCCUGGAGGGAUGCCCUUCAGCGCCGCCCCUACGCCAGUGCCUCCGAGCAUCUGAUGGUGGGAAGCCUCACCUGGAUGGCCGCUGUGGUGUCCGAGGUGAGCUCCACCGCUGCACGUCACAGUUUCAAUCAUAAUUUUGUUCAAAGGCACGAAUUUCAGAUGAUCUAUAUGGUUAUGAUCUCCAAUAUCUCCGAAACAUUUAUAAUUUGCAUCACGCCUUGUACCGCAAGCCAGCUCAUGCAAGCCCACAGACUCCACGUUGAGAGGACCUCGUGGGUGUGGGUGCUGAGGAACACUGCGGAGUAUGUGGGAAAUGGGACGCUGAAAGACCGAAACGACGCCCCCAGACCCAUCCGCCUGCCACUGACACCACUGCAGAGACAUCCGCGUCCCUUCACCGUUUCCUUCAGUUACGCGACGGAGGUGCUGGACCGCCUCGCUCAGGGCGUGCUGAAGGGCGUGUUGCUGAUGGAGCAGGAGCACCUUUCCUCGCCCCCACCGUCUUCGAGGCUGGUGCAUGUGGGCGGGAUGCGGGUACGGCGGGACUGGUUUUGGGAGUUGGCAUCGGUGGGGCUGUACAGGGACAACCACCUCACCCUCAUCAACCCGCUCUGGCCCGCACGCCCCCACGACUUCCACGGAGGGAACAUUUACAUUGCCUUUUCGCAGAAAGCUGCAACCAUUGAAGCAAACAGCACCAGCCUUGCGGACGCCCAAGGCUACCUGGCCGACACGCUCAAGAUCGUGAUGGGGGCGCUCAACGCGACGGGGGUCCUGCGGCUCACCACGGGCGCCGGUUCCAGGGAUGACACCGGUGCCUGGAAUGGCGUAAUCGGAGUUAUCGUGAGAGACGAGGCAGACAUCGGGGCAGUGGACUUCAUGCCCAACCAUCAGAGACUGGAAGUUGUGGACUUCAGUGUCAGCAUCGGACAGGACCCCGUCAUCAUCUUUUCCAGCGCCCCUUACUUCAUCAUUCAGCCAUUUCUCCUGUUCCAAAUAUUUUCGGUUGAGCCUCUACUUAGUGCAUUGAUCCAAACAAGCACCAAGUUGUCGACCUUUACAGGCCAGUCCGGGAUGCCGCCCGGGGCGUCGGCCAGGCUGUUGGCCAGCUUCCUCAUGCUCGUUAGUCUCUGCCUCUGCUCCGUGUACAGCGGCUCCAUCACGGCCUUCCUGGUUAUUCCAUUCCGCUCGAAGCCCAUCAACUCGGUCCAAGAGAUGCUGGACUCCGACGUGAUCCCGUGCGCCAGGAGCAAAACCAACACCGUCGCCAACAUCAUUAACAACCCGUCGGGGGCGCUGUACGCAGUGCGGCACCGCGUCAAGAUCAUGGCCGGGGAGGAAUUCGACACCCAGGCCUACAUGGACCAAGUGUCGCAAGGCACCUUCGCCCUCAUUGACGUCCUGAGUGCGGCACUGGGGCGCGCCAACGCGUUCACCCGCCGAGGUGCCCGAUGCUGGUACCACACGAGCCGGGAAAGCAUCCAGGUGAACCUCGACGCCAUCGCCCUGAAGAGAAACAGCCGCUUCACCUGGCAGGUCAACAACGUGCUGAUGAGCCUCCAGUACUUCGGGUUCAUCCAGAACGUGAAGCGCACCUACUACAAGCCGCUGUGCGUGACGGAGCGGAAGGACAGCGGCCCCUCGUCCCUCAAACUCGUGCAGGUGUGUGGGGGAGAGUGGGGGUCUUUUUUCUUUCUUUCUUUCUUUUUUUGCUUUCGUAAAGUCGCCCACGAUUUGUGGGCAUAUGAUGUUAAAAAAAAACUGUAUUAUCUUCUAAAACGCGUUUACAUAAGUUUCCCUGAAGUCCAGGGCGCCUUCUUCGUGCUGGUGGCUGGCUUGGGGCUGUCCAUCGCGGUAUUGACGACAGAAGCCCUGUUCUCGCGACGCUUCUGA